AUGCGGCGUGCAAAAAGUUUGGCCAUUCAAUUGGAUCGAGUUUAUAAUGAGCAACGCACCGCGGCAACACUCGCUUCAACUGCGACUGGGUUUAUUAUGUAAGCUUUUUUCAAUCAAGGAUAAAAAUCAAUCAAUAAUAAUAAUCGGUUUCAGGUCAAUCUGCUUUUUUGGUCUUCCAUUAAUGUGGUCCGGGUUUUUCAAAGUGAUGCAAGUUCCACCAACUACAAUUUGCUCAAAUGAUCCAUGGAGUGGAAUCACUGAUUUGUGA